UUACAUCACCGGCUAAACACAAUACCAGCGGCCAUCUUUACUAACAGCAACAACUGCUGCUUCACUGAAGAAAGAAAAUAAAUGUAUUGUUUUGUAUUUUAGAUGUGUCAUUCAGGGAAACGCGUCUCAUGUGGCAGCCCAAAAAGAGAGGCAUCAUGACCUAGUGAUCUUUAUCUGGAGAGCUGAGAAACAGAGUCUGCUUCUGCUUUCACAGGCUGCAGUCUGAGCUUCCCGCUAGUCGUCUGUGCCGCUGUGGUACUUUUCAGAGAGAGAGAGACCCGUUCCUCUCCCCCCGAGGAGAGAUGGAGCCCCGGGGGAGUCUGGGAGUGGAGGGUGACGCGAGUGCUCUAGGGGUGCUGGUGCCGAGCCCACGGAGCGAAGCGGUGACCCAUGACCUGGAGGAACUGUCUCUUCAGCCCACUCAAAGCCUUCCACCCAUUAAAGAGCGCAAGAACGUGCUUCAGUUAAGACUGCAGCAGAGACGCACACGCGAGCAGCUGGCAGACCAGGGCAUCAUGCCACCGCUGAAGACACCUGCGGCUUUUCAUGAGCAGGUCAGAAGUUUGGAAAGGGCAAGGACUGAGAACUUCCUGAAACACAAAAUUCGAAGCAGACCUGACCGUGCUGAACUUGUUCGCAUGCACAUUUUACAAGAAACCCACGCAGAGCCUUCUUUGCAAGCUACUCAGAUGAAACUGAAGAGGGCACGUCUGGCAGAUGACCUCAAUGAGAAGAUCGCACAGAGACCUGGACCAAUGGAGCUGGUGGAGAAGAACAUCCUGCCUGUUGACAUUGUUGAUGAAGUGGACGACUGUAACUUCAAUGAUGACAGCAGCGAAGCUCUGUCUCCAGAUCAGCCAGCUAGUCACGAGUCUCAGUGCUCUGCAUCUUCUCCUGUGGAAACCAGACUGCCUGAUUCAUCGUCUGUAUCGCCUCCGACUGUCUCCAAACUCCAGUGCUCGGACAUCCUAAACCGAACUUCAGCAGAAGAUAGUCGAAUAAAAAUGAAUGCCACUCAGACCGUCAUUGCUGCUGUUCCCACAAGACCCGGACCCACCCUGGUGAAGCAAAGCCAGCCCAAACUGUCCAGCGACAAGAGCCGCAGCAAGAAGAGUAAAGAACCCAAACCACGCAUUAAGAAGCUCAAGUAUCACCAGUACAUCCCACCCGACCAGAAGCAGGAGCCCAAUGAAGCCCCGAUGGACUCGUCUUAUGCCAGGCUGCUUCAACAACAGCAGCAGUUUCUGCAGCUCCAGAUUCUCAGCCAACAGCAACAGCAUUACAAUUACCAGGCCAUAUUACCAGCACCACUCAAGCAAGUAGCUGAGAGUCCGAACAGCUGCCCCAACAUCACCCUGAGCACCAGCCCCAAUCUUCCUGCUCCCAUUGUGGUGUCUCUGCCCAGUGUGGCUCCAUCACGUCCCAACAACGCUCGUAAAAGCGGGUCUCUUCCCUCCUGCCUAGAUGAGAUGAAGGUGGCUGAACUCAAGGCAGAGUUAAAACUGCGUGGACUUCCUGUGUCGGGCACAAAGAUCGACCUGAUAGAAAGGCUCAAAGCACACCAGGAGAGCUCUCAAGCCAUGGACACAAACAUCUCCAAAGCUUCUCUGCUACCUGAUAGCAUGAGCACAACUCCACCCGUGUCUCCUGAGGCCUCCAAUGUCAGCAUGGAGGACAGCAGGGACAGUCCUACUAAAGCCCAAUGCAGACUGUCUCCGGCCCAGCCUCCAGGAGGGACCUCGCCCUUCAAACUUGUAUCUGAAGACAUGGACAUCAAGGUGUCCGAAAAAGACCAGCGCCUCCACGAGAAGGAGCGCCAGAUUGAGGAGCUGAUGCGCAAGCUGGAGCAGGAGCAGCGGCUGGUGGAGGAGCUGAAGAUGCAGUUGGAGGUGGAGAAAAGGAGUGGAGGACACCAGGCUGAACCCUGUCCACUGGUCCAAGUCAAAGAGGAGAUUGGUGCCAGCCCUAGCUGCAACUCCGGGCAGAGUCUGCAAGCUCCAGGUGUGAAACAGGAAGAGCCACAUACCCAGAUGGCCCACGCUCAAGUGCAGCAGUUCUAUAUUAAAACCCAGCAAGUCCCUCAAGUACUGCACCAGCAGGCACUUAUCAGCCCGCAGUCUGCCUCACAAAUCCUGCUUCCCAUCAGCCUGCCCAGCAACCCCAUGAGCACACAGGCACCAACUAUUCUCCAAUCAACCAGUUUGGCACAAAGCAUCGGACAGACUCCACUUCUGCAAACACAAACGUCCAAUAAUGCGAUGCUACAGCAGCAUUCAAAUCAGACGCCUUCACCACCCCAUGCUUUACCUUUGUGUGGAGGUUCACCUUCUGGGUUUGAGUACAGGCAGAACCAGAACCAGCCCCAGUGCUUCAUCAACAACUCGCCCAGAGUCUCCCCAAGACACACAACUCCAAAUGGACAUAUUAACAAUCCUCCCUCACCCUGUCAGCUCAACUACAUCCUUCAGCCAUCAUCAUUCCCCAAUCACCACAGCCCGAAGAGCAAAGACCCCCCCGGCUACGAGGAGGCCGUCAAACAAACCAGAGGUCUGCAAGCCACAAUGCAGGUUCCCACUGCCACCAGUCAGCACAUGGACGAUUUGUUUGACGUCUUAAUAGAGAGUGGAGAAAUUCCACCUCUAUCCAGGCAGGAUCCAUCUCUGGACAAACUUCACCCUGUGACAGCCAACAUCACCACCUUGCCUAUCAACACGGUGCUGUCACGUCCUCCUCCACAGGUACAUGUGGCCCGUCCGCCUAACCAAACCCAUGUGUCUCCACUCAGCCUGGUGGCCCUGGCGUCUGAUAACCAGCUGGAGGCUCUUCUGGAGGACGCAGAACCCCGAACCCUGAGACUGAUGGAGGAGCUUAAAAACCAGCUUUUGGAGCGACCACACUCUCCGAUGGACACCUCAGAUCUGACUUUCACAGAUGCGCCGCCCACCGCCCUUCAAGUACCUGGUCUCGAUAACAUGGAGUGGUUGGACCUCACGAUCCCCGGUCCGGCUGGCAUCUCCUCUCCAAACCCAGUCUUUUCAUCAGAUUUCUUGGAUUCCACUGAUCUGCCGUUACACUGGGAAUGAGCUCACAAUGGAUGGACUGUUGUAGAGCUCAGUCAUUGGGUUCUGUGCGAAAGCCAAUGUGACCACUGAUAGUUUAGCACCAGCUUUUCUCAUUUGCGCAGGUUUGUGUGCUGUUAUUGUUACAAACACUUCUUUCAAGGCAGAAAAAGAAUGUAGAGACACUUUUUAUCCACCUAUAUAUUUAGGCAGCGAUCUGCUUUUUAGAUAUAUUGAAGCAGUUUUUGAAACUGUUGGCCUUUGGUAUCUAAAAUGUUGUUUUUAGAUUAUAGUAAGUGUCUUUUUUUACUGACAGGAUAUGUAUAUUAGUUUCAUGUCACUCUUUUUGGGGAAAGUAAGGAUUAUAAGUGCAGUCAUUGUGCCUUUGCUAUUCACUUUGUCCAUGAACUGUAGUCAUUUAUUUUAAAGGGAUAGUUCAUCCUAAAAUUAUUCUAAACUUUAUCUUUCGUUUGUGGAAAACAGAAGAACACAUUUCAAAGCUGUUUUGUCUGUUGAAAUCUUCAUUUCCACUUUGUAGCUGCGUGUCGCUCUGGGUGGGGUCGUGCUGCAAACACAGGUCUGUGUAGGUCUACAGCACAGGGAAUACAACCAAACUCUGAGCGAGCUGAGAGAGGAUUAUUUGAACUCUACUAGUGCUCCUAUUUGCUGUCACUCACGAAAUUUGAUCUUCAUUUGCAUGAAGUUGAAGGAUUGUCAACUUUGUUGCGGCCACCUGGUCGCCAAUGAUCGAUGUCGCUUGCAUAGACGGAGGUCGCCGAAAGUUUCUCACUAUCCAUUGAAAUGAACACUCACUUGUCUCUUUGCCGCUGCAAGUCGCACGUAGUGUGAAUGAAGCUUAAACUUUAAAGCUCCAAAAAAGACAUAAUGGUAGCUUUUAAAAGUCUUAAAAGUGCAAAUUGACAAUGUUUAUUUUGCUAGGACACAUUAUUUUUUUAGAUGAACAAUUAAUCUGUGAAAGUUAAUCCAUUGAAAAAAAAAAAAACUUAGUUCUGAUUAAUCUUUAAUUCAAUUCUGAGCAUUUGCGUCCUCAUUUGAAGUUGCAGACUUUCUCUAUUGACAUCAGUUUGACAGCUGCAGCCAAAAUAUUCUUAACCAUGCCCCCACUAGCUUGCUACAAGCGAACUAUUCACAAAAAGGAAGCUCCAGCUCGACUCAAUAUUCAGUUUCAGAUGGAAGUACAUCAAUAUGCUGAAAUAAGUGUCCGCAACUUCCAGUUCUGUCUGACUUUAACUGUCACACUGUGCUUAAAAAUGAUCAGUGUACACAUACGAAUAGCUUAUUAAUAACUUUAAAGUUGGCAUGAAAAUAAGUCUAAUAUUGUGAAUGAAUUAUCCAUCUGUUAUUUAAUUUUAUUAAACAGUAUUUUAAUAACGUUUUACUCAGAUAUACAUCACAAAUCAAGCAAAUGUCUUCCAUCGUGACAUUCUAAUCUCACUGAAUCUUUUGAUUAAACAAAAUAAGGGCUUGAACUUCAUCUUGUACAUCAUACAAAGGAUCAUGUUCAUUUUGGAGCUUAAAAAACUCAAACAUUCUUCGAAAUAACUGCAUUCAUUCAUUCAUUUUCCUUCGGCUUAGUCCGUUUAUUCAUCAGGGGUCGCCACAGCGGAAUGAACCGACAAAUUAUCCAGCGGAUGUUUUACACAGCGGAUGUCCUUCCAGCUGCAACCCAGGCUGCAACCCAGUACUGGGAAACAAAAUAACUUCUUUUGUGUUCGAUUAAAGAAAGAAACUCAUACAAAAUGAUGACCUGUACUUUAAUUUUGGGCUGAACUAUCCCUUUAAUUCUGUAAAGUUUGCAAAUGUCCAACAUUUGUGACAGAAACAUUGUGCCGUGAUAAUCAUUACAAAUAUGGCUCAUUUACAUUGGCUGUAAACUGCCAUUGUGCGUGAGCUGUUAGCCAUCGCAUUAGGGUACUCAGUAAUGUGGCAGCUAAAGUAACAUAAAACAUUCAAAUUUAUACAGCACACAGGCUGAGGAAGAACAGAGCCAGUUUGUUUACCAAACCCAGCAUGAGGCCAAAGAGAGGGAGGGGGAAAACCCACAAACAAACCUAAGCAGUGGCCAUUAUCAUCCAUUACAAAAGAGCAGAGAUAGGAUGAACGGUAUUUCUCUCUUACAGACCAGACCAAACCAGCUGAACUGGCACAGUUGUGUGUCCUGACCAGGGAAACAACACUAAACAGGACCAGUGAAAUUUCCAUAUUCAGAUGAGGCUGAAUUCGGAUUGAGACUCUGCAUUACUGUACGUUUUUGUUUUUGGAUGUAGAUGGACUGCUGAGGCCUAACUUCACUGUAUUUCACAGAGCUUCUUUCUGCUUAAAGGAACACUUCACUUUUUUUGGCAAAAGUGUCAUGUUUAUAAGUCUCCGAGAGUAAAACAGUUUUACCAGUUUUGAAUCCAUUCAGCUGAUCUCUGUGUCAGCCAGGAACACUUUUAGCUUAGCUUAGCAUAAAUGAUUAAUUCGGAUUAGACCAUUAGCAUCUUGUUCAGACCCUUCUGUAGUUGCAUCAUGUACUAACACGGAAAAUGAAAAGUUGCUAUUUUCUUUGUCAAUAUGGCUAGGAAUUAUAGGCUGCAUUCAAAGUCGCCUACUACUCAGUAGGUACUACAUAUGAUUAUUAAUUUACUACACAGCCAUCAGAAAAGUACAUUCUAUACAGUAUGAAUAUGAGCAGUUGAUUCACUCAUUCAUGAAUUCUUUCACGUGGCAUUAAGGGAUAUCGAAUCGUCCAUCUUGCUGGUAGUGGUCAUGCAGGUACUUCUUGCAUAUUGUUUUUCAAAUACUAUGAAUUUGGAAAUACUAAGCUCACAUACUGUAUACUGUUAUUAACGUACUAUAUAGUAUGGAAGUGUGCGAUUUCGAAUGUAGUGAUGUUCUCAGUCCAGCAUAAUCCGCUUGUUAGGUGUGACAUCAUGCGAAGUGGUUUCCGGGUCCAGUCGUAUAUCAAACUAUAUGGGAAGACAAAUGGUAAUAACAAACAUUUACAAAGCGAUGUAAUACUAUCGAAAAUCACAAUUUAUAUAUAUAUAUAUAUAUAUAUAUAUAU